UUCAACGAAGAGUAUCGUUGCACGGUGUGGUGGGUCUCAGGAGUAAAGAAGUAACGAAAAUGGAUUUCAUUCUUUCUCAAAUGCAAGCUUCUCCUCACCUUUUCAGUGCAAAGGUUGUGCUUUCAAAAGUGGACUGUAGCCAGUUCAGGAAUGUGCCACCAGUGCUGAUGGAAACUUCCUCCUCUUCGUCAUCUUCUGAUGACAGCUGCGACAGCUUUGGCUCAGAUGGCUUUGUGAAAAAAGAGGUUGGCAACAGAAAUGUCAAAGACCUAGCCGUUAUUUUUGAUGAGGACUCCGAUACAGAGUCUUUCUGUGGUUUUUCAAGUGAAGAGCUCACAGAUGUCAUGGAUGCAAUGAAAAUGGACUCGGUGGAGGAUGAGUCUCUGAAGCUGUCGAGUAAGAGUAAGGCCCCAUUCAAUCUAAAGGUGGCACUCAAGUUCCCAGCAAAGCAUCAAGGGAGAAAAAGAGCCCCCCCUACCCUUUCUGUGCCCAAGGCACGGGGCCGUAGCUCCGAUUCAGAUUUGGACUCUGAUGAAGAGAAAGGCAUGAGCUUCAUUGAGAAGAGGGCAUUGAACAUCAAGGAGAACAAGGCCAUGCUUGCAAGGCUAAUGGCAGAGCUGAAGCACAUGCCGGGUCUUUCCAGUAUGCGGAGGUCUUUUCCUUUGACACAUAUGCAGCCGCGGAACCCUCCUCGUCGUUCACUUGGCACAGGGCCUGCACGGCGAAAUCCAGAGCGCAGCUCACGGAUUCAUACCCGCUCCCGUUCACUCAUCGACGGUCCCCCGAGCCCCACCCCUGAAGAGGACAGCGAUGAUGACAAAUACAGCCUUGUCAGAAGGAGGAAGACGUGGGAUGAUAUGGCCGAACCUCGCAGGAGGAGCUCAGGUGGUUUAAUGGCCAUUCCUCAUGUGGUGCGUCCAGUAGAAGACAUUACGGAAAUGGAGCUGGACAACAUCUGCUUCAACGUCCGUGAGAAACUGUACAACAGAGAGACAGGAUCUACUUGUCACCAGUGCCGGCAGAAGACCACCGACACAAAAACAAAUUGCCGGAAUCCUGAUUGCGUAGGAGUAAGAGGUCAGUUUUGUGGCCCAUGUCUGCGGAACCGCUACGGAGAGGAAGUGCGUAAUGCCCUCCUGGAUCCUAGCUGGUAUUGUCCACCUUGUCGAGGUAUAUGUAACUGUAGUUUCUGUCGACAACGGGAAGGCCGCUGUGCUACUGGUGUCCUAGUCUACUUGGCGAAAUAUCACGGAUAUGACAACGUGCAUGCCUAUCUGAAAAGCCUCAAGAAAGAGCUGGAGCAAGAGGAAGAAAAUGCAAACUGCAGUUCUUAAAAUGCACUGAAAAAUUUGAACAGUCUGGUACUGUUGAAGUCAAUGUGUUUGUGUGCGGCUGCCAUUUACUUCUUAAAACACAUUUGUUUUGGGUUGUGCUGUCCAUUAUCUGUACUGGUGAUCUGUUGCCUGUCAACAUCUAAAACUAAUUCAAAUCGUGCAAAUGGUUUGAUUAAUAUAAGCACUACUGCCCCUAGACAAUACUUGUAGAAAGUCAUCCUACUUUGCCAGGUAUGCCACUAAAAUGUUUUGAGGUUGUGACCAUGAGGCACCAUGGAAAAUGUAGUCUGAUUAUUUAAUAGGCUACCCGAAGAGAGGGAAUUACACCUUCCUUAUCUCUGAGCCCCAUUUGGUGGGCAAAAACUAAACAAAUUAUGUGUUUUGCAUUCUGUGGACUAAGUCCUUUAUUUUACAUUGGAGAGGUUUUACACCCUGGAGAUUUCCUUCAUGGGUGAAGCCUGGCUGGUGGUGCUAUUUCGGUUGAGGCAGCUAAUUGAUGUUUACUGUAUAUACUCGCGUAUAAGUCGGGUCUUGAAACCCAAAAAAAUCGAUUAUAAAAUCA